AUGGCUAGCGACAAGUCAGAUGCCCACAAGCAGGAUGCUCAAAUCAAGUCCGCCGACAUGAGUGAGGAAAUGCAACAAGAGGCUAUUGAAGUCGCACAGUCGGCUAUGGAGCAGUUCACUAUCGAGAAGGACAUUGCCCAGUAUAUCAAGAAGGAGUUCGACAGCCGAAAGGGUGCCACAUGGCACUGCAUCGUAGGCCGCAACUUUGGAAGCUUUGUCACACAUGCAUUCACAUCCCAGCUUAAAGGUGCCGAACACACCGUCCUCAAAUGUCUAAAUUGCGGCAACAUGACGGGCCGCGUAAUGAAGCGAUGGGAAUGGUUUACCUUUUGCUUCAUCCCCGUUAUACCGUUUAGUCUGAAGCCUUACAAGGAAGUUGGGUGUCAUGUAUGCAAUUUCUGGCAAGACAUUGCGUAUCGUGAGGAGCCUGAGCUACAGCAAUUCGGCGGUGGGACAAAGGUACAGGGUGUUAUGAUGAACCAGUACGGCGGGCCUCCCAGUGGUGGACCUGGUGGUGCUCCUGGAUAUGGACCACCACCACAGGGAGUACCGCAGUAUAAGUAA